AUGGAGACUCCCAAAGGUGCCCCAGAGGCCGCAGGAGUCCCCAAUUCCACGGGGGAUGGGAUGGGGGUCCUGAGCAGUGGUUGGGGAGGCUCAGUAGCAACAGAGCAACACCUAGCUGAGGCACUCCAGGGCUCGCUACAGGAGCAAUUGGCACCUGGCAACGCCAGCGCAGGCCUAGAGAGGAGCCUAAUCUCAGGGCUUACAGGGGCCAUGCGGGCAUCUAGCAAUGAGCCUAUUGAGGCCGCUAGCUCAAAGCAGACAGGAAGCAACCCCCAUAAACGAGCUGGCCCUAUCCUAGGGGAUGAGGAAGACCAGGCUAAUGUCCCCUUCGCUAUACGGUGUACUGUUCGGAGCUCACUAGGCGCUUCGAGGAACGCUCCGGGGAGCAAGAAAAGAGGAUUAGGGCAUUGGAGGGCCAAGUCCAGUUCCUUGUUACAGCAAAUGGGUCCCUAG